AUGGAAUGCGACGUGUCUCCGGCCCCACCGGUGCAGACGAACCGUAUGACGACGAAACAGCAGCAAUCGCCUACGGUCGUAGCCAAAGCCGCACACCACAGUGGGAGCAACAAUGGAAAUAGCGCCAGUGGCACGUCCUCCACCAGCAUCAGCAGCAGUACGGGUACGGUGGAAACCAGCACCACCACCUCGGGGGCGAUGGCAGCGACGUCAUCGACGCCGUCCGAUGAUGAUCCCGCAUCCUGCACUUCCGCCCUGGCACUGUCCAUGGUUACACCGCCCUCGAUGGGUGUCGGUUGUGAAACAAUCGUACGACGAAGUAUCCACAGCAAUAUUAGUAUGGUCAAUAACAACAAGAGUUUUGGCAUCGAGGAGGACAGAACAGCGAGAGCGGGAAGAUCGAUGCACCCGGAACCGGUGACGACCGUGAUUGAAAUUAGUGAUCAGAGCACUGCGGACGAUGUUAGUUACCCGGAGCAGCUACUAUCAUGCACCUCGGAGACGACUUGCGUGCUGCUAUCGGAUGACUGCGAUUCGUCGCUUCCCGCGGCGGGAAAGGAAGACGAUCCUCUAACCAUUUCCAUCAGUGAUUCGCUCGAGAGGCUCCCUUCGUUGCAGUGCAGUACUCCACAUUUUGUGACCUCUCAGCAGCAACUACAACAACGAACUGCUGGACCGGGAACAGUGGCGGCGGCCCCCGUUUCAGUCGCUGCUGUACCAACGGUCAGCGCUCCGAAGCACAAUCAUCAUCUUCGGAGAAACGUUCCUAGGAUGGCAAGCAGCAGCACCGGGGGAACACGACAGCAAGGGCUUCGGCAACGUCGUGGAUCGGCCGCCGGAUCGUCGGAUGCGUUGGACAAGCGUCACCGGCAGUCGGAGGGUGCGUCGACGAUGCGCGAAGUGCUUGCUUCGAUUCCGGGCUUCAGCAUAAAACCGCGUCGACGGACGAAUAAGAAGCUGUCGACGGCGGCGCAGCUCGAGCAAACGCGUGAAGGUUGCGUGGAUCUUGAGACGCCCGAUUCUAUCUUAGUGCACUGCAACCUACGGGCACUGCUGAAUCGCGAAACGUUCCAACUGCUGCCGCCGUUAUAUCAGUACAAGCUGGUGCAACUAUUGCCACCUGUGGAUCGGCCCUCCGUGCUUGAUGCGUCCGAGUGCGAGCGGAACGGAAUUCGGUUAAAUCCGUCCAGCUUGAACAACGAGUUCUUUGCGCGUGCUUCGCAGGAAUGGCGCGACCGGUUGUCGGAGGGUGAGUUUACGCCCGAGGCGCAGCUCAAACUUCGAGCGGAAGCGGAUCGCGAACGGAGCAAGGUGGACCCGUGGAAGUUAAAGCACUUCGAACCGAUGUGGGGUGACCGAAAGUAUGCCGACGGAGCGUUCAUUGGGGCGGCCGGUACGAUGGCCAAUCCGGCACCUCCGGUACCACCCCCAGCACUACCAUCGGCAUCGGUAACCAAGGCUUCAGCAUCUACCGGGUUGCUGUCGCCGGUGUUAUCCAUGUCCGUCGUCGGUACGGUUAUGGUGACAUCUCCUCCUACACCGUCAGUGGCUGCUCUACCGAGAAUAAUGCAGCCGCAGAAGCAACCCAUCUCUACUACUGCCUUAACCGGAGGACGUGUUAUCGGAACGGAGAGUACUAUCGUACCGCCUCGAACUCUCACGAAGCCACAACCAUCAUCCGUAGUCAGCAGCACGACAACAGUUGUGACGAAACCACCUCCCAAACCGAGCAUUCUUCCCGCUUCGUCUAGUGGUGCGUUUGUACUUCCCCCGAGAACGACGAUAACGGUCGCUAAUAGUGGUAUGACCAGCGCUUUCCAACGGGCAGCAGGACAUUCCUCACUUGGUGGAGCCUCAGGAGGCAGUGUUUCAGUUGUCCCCAUCAGCAUCGUUGCGGCCAGUAGCACGAGUAGCUGCUCCGCCAGCAUUGCUAGACCAGCGCUAAAAACAACGAUUAAGCUGCGACCGACGACUGCGAUCGCUACUAGUACGACGGCGAAUGUUCUCGGUGGUGCUGCUGGUGGCCACAAACCAUUUGGCCAUCCGGUCCGCGACCAGAGCGUCACGCUGAACCCGAUCGUAGCCACCAUUACGGCGCGAACUGUGCCUGGGCCGGCGACGAGUCCGAAUGUAGGAAGUUCGAAACGUGUGCUACCGACAGUCAUGGGUGUUAGCAAUAGCGGCCACACCACAACCAGUAGUUGUAGUUCCGGUCAUUUUCCCGUCGCCGCAGGAGGAAUGAUUACAAGUAUUAGGAGUAGCGGGUCCCAACCGAUGUCUCCGAAGCGGCUUCGUACGGUAGGGGCUGUCACGAGGUCCGCUCUGGCAGGGACAGGAAACCAGCAGCAUCAUCCACAUCAGCAUCACCCACUGGUGCAGCAUCAUCCGCUGAGUAACGCUGCCCUUUCGAUAACGACGACAUUUGCGGCUCCAAGUUCAACAGUUAAUCCGGUUGCCGUUGCCCAUCCCCGGCCGUCGCCUUUAGUUGUGAAGAUGGUCGAAACGGCCCCGAAUAGUUUUCCCAUUGCGGGCGCUGUUAGUAGCUUGAAACGCACACACAGUAACCGUUCGGUGACACCAGACACGCUGGGCAGUAAUUGUAAAAUAUCGAAGCGAAGAACCGAAGACGCUACUGGCGGAACUGGUAGUCCGCGACGAGUGCUGACGAUUGUGACCACCACGGUUCCGGGCACUGGUGGCAGCAGUAGCAGCAUCGUGUAUAGAAGCAGUAGCAGUAGCAUCAAUAAUCGCCUUAUCGCCACCAACAACGCCGUAAUUUCCACGUCCGUUUCCUCCACCGACAGUAGCAACAGCAACAGCGACAGCAGUACCAAUAAUGGCGGCAAUAGCAAUAGUAGUAGAUUAAAUCUUAGCAGUAGUAGCACCAUUAGCAGCGAGAGCAAAUUAACCACCAACAACACCAACGUCGUCGCCGCGGAAUGUGAUACUUUGACGAUUCGCACGACCAGUGGUGGGUCUGCAUUAUUGGCCGAUAGACGACGACGUGCAGCAACGCUAGGGGAAGCAGUAGCAGCAAGGCAGCCCGUAAAGGGUAUGGCGAUGCAGUCACGGAGGAGAGUGCGUCGACAGGAGCAGGACAACAACAGUAGUAGAACCAUUAGCAAUAGAAGUAACGCAGUGCUUGGCGCAGCAACUAUCAUCGUUGACGAUGAUGCCGAUUCGGCUACGAUCAUCGACGACGAGACGAUACUCAACGGGGGGAGCAUGGAUUCGCAGGAUGAGCGAUCCUCGUCCUCGACGCUCGUACCAUCGUCCGACAUCAUACUCGAGGAAGCAAUCGACUGUGGCGAUGUCGUCGAUUGUGGUUCGGCGGGUAGUGGCGACCACCAGCAGCAACAAUGGUGUGGGAACGGAAAACUGAAAUCGGAACUGCGCGGAGAGGAAAAGGCUGCCCCGAGGGGCCGAGUUUUGCCGGCCACGGCGGGUUCGCUGAUCCAGCAGCAGCAGCAGCAACCGCGCAUGUUUGCGAUGGCAAUGGGCGGCAGUGGAAAGGUAGCCAGUGCCAACGGUCGGCAACCGGUGGUGUUACCGCCUACUUCGAUUGUCGGUGGCACUGUCACCAGCGAUACGCAGAUGAUCUACGAUCACAACUCGGGCCAGAUGUUCAGCAUCGUUUGUGUCCCGUCGCGCUCAUCGACUUCCACUACCUCGAACGUUUCCAAUGCAGCAGCGGUCGCCGCCCUGGGUCUCCGAUCGCUACCAGCUUCACUAACGGUUACAGCUUUACCACAACAGCAGCAGCAACAUCAGCAACAGCAGUUACUGUCGAUUUCAAAUGAUAGCAGCAACAGCAGUAGCGUAUCGACCACCGCGAUGAUGGCCGCGAGUGACAAUCAUCUCGAAGCUGGCGCUGGCACGGGAGGCAAUGGUGGCAACCCACACCCUAUAAGUACGUUCGCGAACGUACUACAAGGCGGUAGUGAGGUUGGCAACGAUCUGGUGAUCGUACACCAUCAACCGCGCCCCACUGCCUGUGAUGAUCCUGUUGAUGACGAUGAGAUCGGCGAAGGUGCUGCGAUGAAGGAAGCAGACAAUGAUGCCGAGGAUGAAGAUGACGAUGAAGACGAAGACGAUGACGAUGACGAUGAUGAUGACGGUGGAGUACACACGACGACGGCCACCAACACUGCCGACGAAGAGGAGGAAGAAGAAGAGCACGAGAUGGAUGAAGGGGUGGAGGAAGAGGAGACCGCCGAAGGAGAGUUCGGGCAAGAGGGAAACGUUCGUCAUGUGAUACACCACCACCACCCGGGUAACGAUGGGAUCUUCAAUGGGGUGGCAGUUGGAGGAGUGAUCAAUCAUCAUAACCCUCUAAACCGACAUCAACACCGAGCGCACCGCCACACACAUUUCAACAACCACCCGCAUCUCCGCCCGCAACUAUCCACGGGGGUGGUAAACAUGAACCUAACCGCAUUCCACCACGAUCACGUGCACCUUCAUCAGCAACAUCAGCAACAACAAUCGCGGAGCAUUGCACCGAUCAAAUUGUGCUCCGGUCAGGAAGGGUCAAUGGUGUUGAUGAUCCCAUCGACGACGACGACGGUUAGUGCUGAAGGUGGGCUAGAAGAAGACGAUAAGGAGGGAGAUGAGGAGGAAGAUGAGGAGGAAGAGGAGGAAGAGGAACCGUCCUCGAAUAGCGUGGACGGGGGGAGUAACUACUGUGAUAAUGCUUCCGCCGCGGAUGACGAUCCGGAAGAGGAAGUCGAUGACGGUGGUGCUGAGCAGCAGCGCGAUGAAGAUCAUAUGCUGCUGACAACGACCAACGUCAACACUGUUGAAGGGCUGCAUAACCUCGGUCAGCACUAUGGGGCGGAGCAGUUGGAAGAUGCAAAAUCGUUGAACGAUUACCAUCACAACAAUGUGCAUCAUCAACAUCAGAGCGAUGGGAGCGUUGGCGCAGUUGUUGAGGAGGACGGUAACGGUGGGACGAGCUUUAUUCUCGAUCAACAGCAGAUACAGCAACUGCAGCGACAGUAUCAACAGCUAAGCCACGGUCAAGGAGUUCUGCACCACGAGCAACAACUACAUUCAGUAGUCACUGCUGCAGCCGUAUCCCCGGUGGCGACCACAUUGAUACCAGGAGCGACUUCUGGUGUGCCAGGAGAAUCAGCUGCACACGUACUGCUACGCGAUGCAAGAAUGCCCGAUGCGUCCAACUGUGCCGGUGACGUGUUAACCGAUGGUCUGGUCAACGGUGAGUGUGGUGAAAUGGACCAGCAGCAAGCGGGUCACGAGGAAAACCACAUGCAGCACCAACACGAAGAGCAGAACGAUGAUGAGGAAGUGGAGGAAGACGAGGAGGACGAGCCGGACGAAUCGCUGGAAUCGGAAGACGGACGCGGCACGACGACGCUGUUGCCACAGCACUAUCAACAGCCCGAUGCUCAUCAGCUGAUGGAAAAGUACAUCGAAGAGGUGGACGGUGGUAGUAGCAGCGCCGGCGGGUACACCGUCCUGGAGACGACCGGCGGGGAGAUGAUCAGCACAGAAAUCGUCGAACACAAUCACGACCAAGAUAUGGCGAUAAUGUUGGAACCGAUCGUACAUUCUGGACCGGGAGAACGCCCGGUUGAAACGGUUGUCAGUGAGGAAACGGUUGUCGACGAUGCUGCGUGCAUGGUGGCGAAUGGCGAGCAAAGCUCGGUAAACGGUGGUCGGAUCAUUGCGGAACAUCAACACCCAUUCCGCGGAGAACGACGCUCCUACGGUGGUCAAGCACCCCUGCUGGAUGCUGUUGGUAAUCAUGUGAUCAAUGAAGCGGAUGCAGUGUCCGAGUCGGACCAUCGCAAGGGUGUUCUGGUGGAUGGGGAAGGAUCUUUUAACCGGCGAAUCCCGCGGUUACAGGAAGUGAACGAAGCGCAGCCACCGGCGACGCUGUCAGCAACAACAAGGCGGACAACGAUUUUGGUCGUGGAAGAUCAGCAAAUGGGGCUCAUUGAAGCGAGAUCGAUCAAUGGGACACAUGCGAUGCAGCAGCAGCAUCAUCACCACCAGCACCGGAAGGCGAAAGCCGUGCUGAAGCAAUCGAUUGAAUGCCAAAACGAUGGUACCACCGUGCGCCACUCCGUCGAGCCGCUGCCACUGCGAAUUGUUUCUGAGGGUUGCAUUGGUUCGCUCGAAACGGGAAGUAAUCUCAUGUUUACUGACCCAUCUUCCUUUUCCGAAUCGGACGGGGUGGACGCAGUCGCUGAAGAUGCACUCGGCUGUGGUGAUUGGCCACAGUUCAAGAUGAAGAUGAUGGAUACGACGAAGAUGCUCGUAGUCGAUCAUCAUCAGCUGGUCGACGGCAGUAACAGUAUUAUCCUAUCCCCACUCGGUGCGACGGUGACCCCAACCAUGGCUUCCUCUCCGACGCUUCUUGCCGGAGCUACUCAGCAAGUGCAACAUCAGCAGCACCAACAGCAGCUUCACCUAACUCAAACCAACCUUCACCCGCAUUUAACGAACGCCGCAGCAACGCAACAGCACCAACACACGAUGCAACCAUCACCGACGACGAUUCCGGUUGCAACGGCAACUAUUGUACAGCAAAUUGCAACCAAUCAUCAGCAACAACAGCCGGCACAGCUCCAUCAAAACACGGCCACAGGGAUCAGUUUUUUAGCGCACCACCCGCAACAGCAAGCGACAGUGCAGACCAUGGCAGCGGUGCAAGCAGCGCAGCAACAGUCUCAUCCGCAAGGAAUGAACAUUUUUCAGAUUCAUACCCAGCCUCAGCAGCAGCAGCAACAUCAGACGACUCAACAACCUCAUCAUACCACUCAAACGAUGCUGGGAGGCGUAGUCACGUCUCAUCCGGUAGCGUUGAGCGGUGGCGGCACGAUCCAGCUAACGUCAGAGAUUAAAGACGGUAUCCGCAACAAUUUGAUAAAGCCUGAGCCUGGCGUAAGCUAUACGACUAUCCGGCAAGGCAACCAGCAGAUAGUGACGCGCAUCAAGCUGGAGGGUGACGAUGGUCAAUUGCAGCAACACUCCGCGCAGCAGCAGCAGACUUUUCAGGCUCAGCUUCCCAAGGUGAACGUUGUGACGUCCUCAGCCGCACCAUUGAUAGCACUUGGAGGAUCUUCCAACCAAAACCAGGAUAAUUUAACACGCGUGAUCGAAAGUGUGGCCGGCAACUACGGGUCGGCGGCAGGGAUGUCUGCGUCGGUGGCACAACAGGUGGCUCAACAGUCUCAGCAGCAACAACAACAACAACCGCAGCUCAUUCAGCACGUUCAGACGGCUACCGGACAGCAGAUUCGCUUCGAGAUAGACCCGACAAACCAUCAUCACGCGUUGCUACAGCAAGCGACGCAAUCUCAGCAAGCACAGCAACAGCCUACCUUGAUCACACAGCAGCAGCAUCAACCAAAGUUCAUUAUCACCUCGCGACCGAUGACCAGCGUGGUAAACGCCGUCACCGGCACGAAGAUUCCACUGGCCGUGCAGCAGACGACAGGUACCACCACGCAGUUGCACACCGGUGGUCAGCAGUUUAUCCAUGCGCAAGACCAACAAAUCCAUCAGACACAGCCACCACAACCACAGUCGCAGCAGCAACCGUUGUCCAACCAAGCGACCGUAGCAACGAUCCAAAAACCGAUUCAGCUACAGAAGAUCAUCAUGUCGACAGCCCAACAGCAGCGACCACGACUUCCCCUGCAGCGGGCGCAGUUCGCCAUGCAAGCUCAACACACGCCGCAGACACAGGCGAUCACGACGCAGGCCACCGCGAAGUUGGUUCAGCCUCAGCAACAACAACAAGCUCAAGUGAUAACGCCGACACAGUCGCAGCAGCGUUUUCAGCAAAAGUAUGUCUCCAACCAGCUGAUCCGUGGCCAGAACGCUGCCAUUCUCAUGAACAGCGGUCAGUUCGUACCGCAGCAGCAACAGCAACAAGCACAGCCACCACCGGUGACGGUGGUCGGAGCGAAUGUGGUUGUUGGUUCGACACAGAGAAAGCGGCCCACGGAGCAGAGCGGGGGUGCACCUGUGACUAGUGUCGCCACAAUUGGUGGAUGUUCCAUCGUCAGUCAAGUGACAGCGGGCGGCGGGAUGAACAGGCGUGGUGGUGGGCGUACUAGCAGCUCUCGAUUACCGCCCGGUGCGGUCAAUCUCGAACGCAGCUACCAGAUCUGCCAGGCGGUCAUACAGAACAGUCCUAAUCGGCACCAGCUGCGGGCACAGCUGAAAUCGCCGCAAGCUUUUCUGGCGGCCUCGAACUCGAACUCGAACAGCAGCAUCAGCAGCAUCGGUAGUACCGGCAGCAACAGUAGCAGUAGCAGCAGCAGCGGCGUCUCGGCAAGCAGUAUUAUUGGCAAUACCAAAGAGGAUACGGGUGGUGCGGCGGUGGGAGGGAGCACUGCCACUACGUUCGGUGCGGCCCUGGGAAUCGGAACGAAUAAGGUCGCUGGACCGAGGUUGCUAAACCCGAAGCGUGUUGUAGCGACGUCCGGUGGCCGUAACCCUCCGUCGAUCGUCGUGCGCCAGGUGUACACGGGCGGGACGACGGGUGUUCAAUCAAAUCCGAUCAGCAUUAUUGCGCAGUCCACUCAACAGCCGCAUUCAGUGCAGCAACAGCACCAGCAACAGCAAAUUCAUACCCUCGGUGAACAGCUUCAACAGCACGCACAGAUUAUCAGCGUAACCGCCGCACCGACGAUCGUGCAAACUGCCAGCAACAAUAACGGCAACCCCAUAGGUGCUGCCGUUUCUGGGACCGCUUCGAACGUUGGCAACUUCGGCGGAAAGUACGUGCUGGUGCAGCGUGCGGCACACAUCGGUGAAAUCGUAACGCCGAGGGCGGCCAGUGCACCACCCACACACAAUCAGAUACACAUCCAUCACGUGCCUGCACCACCGCAAACGCAGCAGCAGCAAAUCCAACAACAAAUCACCACACACCAGCAGCAACAACUGACUCAGCAGCAGGUUCAGCACCAUAUACAGCAACAACAGCAGUUGCAUCAGCAACAGCAACAGCAGGGCCAACCGCAACAGCUAGCGCCCAGCAUGCAGGCGACCAUCACCCGCCGAAUACCGUCCACCCACGUGAUCUCCUACGGUCAGAAUCUGCCUACCGCUUCCCUUGAACCGAUGGCACCAAGUGGAGGGAUUGGCGGCAACGGAGCCAGUAGUUCGCCGAAUGCACUUAUCAGUGGUACGGGUGGUGCAAAUGCUACGCGGGGCAAUGUCGUUAUCAUUGGUGGAACUGCCGCGUCCUAUCAGUACAAUCAUCAAACACUUGGUGACUGCAGUAAUGUUAGCAACGGAAUCGAUUGUUCCUGCUCGCUCAACUCGAUGGUAGCAUGUCAGCAGUGUGGUGCCUUCUGUCGCGACGACUGCAUCACUGGAUCGAAGCUGUGCGUAUCGUGCGUGAUACGAUAG